GGGGUGUUGAUACGCCUAGCCAAUAGCAGCAGGUGUGAUACUGAACACAAUACUGUGUUUGUUUACAAGCUCCUGUGAUGGAGUUGUGUUGUUUACGUGUUUACACACUUCAUAUAGUUUAAAGACUUAUGGAAGGAAUCCGUGAUCGUCGUUUUCUGCGCUUUGGUGCUUCAAGUUCAGCCGAAACCGUCAAACUCAGGAAGCGGAAAUCAAACCUGUACCGGAAGGAAAACAACACGACUUCCUGCGUGUACAGUUUCCUCGGGGUCAGCAUCCUGCUUUUCUCAGUGAUUUUUCGCCUCAUUAACUGCCUCCUGGUUCAGACCAGCUUUGUCCCAGAUGAAUACUGGCAGUCUCUGGAGGUCUCCCACCGGAUGGUCUUCAGGUACGGCUACGAGACGUGGGAGUGGAAGGCAGGGAUUCGAGGUUACUCGUACCCGCUGCUGUUUGCUGGGAUAUAUAAACUCCUGCAGCUGCUGCACUCUGACACACCUCAGCUCCUGAUCUUGUUACCUCGAGUUCUUCAGGCGAUUCUUGCAGCGUUCGCUGACGUAAAGCUGUACGAAAUCACUCGCAAGUGGGAGAAUCCCGAAGUGGCCAAAUGGACCUAUUUUUGUCAGCUGUGCUCAUGGUUCACGUGGUACUGCUCCACUCGUACCCUCACCAACAGCACGGAGACGACACUCACCGUCCUGGCGCUCAGCUAUUACCCGCUGCACGGCUCCAGGACUCACCACAGCUGGAAAUACCUCUCGCUCGUCUCCGUGGCCGUCAUCGUCCGACCCACCGCUCUGAUCGUGUGGCUGCCGCUGCUGCUUCAUCACCUGUGGCGUGAGGAGAACAAGCUGAAGCUCAUCACUCAGCAGGGACUUCCUGUCAUGGCGGUUUCUCUGGCAGUUUCUACAUUUAUAGACUGUACAUUUUACGGAAAGUGGACCUUUGUGCAGUGGAACUUCCUGAAGUUUAACGUGCUGCACAACGUGGCUGAGUUUUACGGCACACACCCCUGGCACUGGUACCUCACGCAGGGCUUCGCGGUGGUGAUCGGACCUCACCUGCCCUUCUUCCUGCACGGCUGCACCCUCGCCGCUAAGAGACACAGAGUCCUGCUCAUGAGCGUGGUCUGGACCCUGAUGGCUUAUAGCUUUCUUGCACACAAGGAGUUCCGCUUCAUCUACCCUGUUCUGCCCUUCUGCAUGAUCUUCUGUGGGAUUUCCCUGGCAAAGCUGCGCUCCUGGAGGAAACCUGCUGCAGGAUCUCUGCUGCUCUUAAACCUGCUCCCAGCUUUCUACACAGGAUUAGUUCACCAGCGUGGAGUCCUGGAUGUUAUGGGUCACCUGCAGCACCUGUGUGAUGUCAGAGACUCUCCCAGCUCACCUGAGCCACACGUGCUGUUCCUCAUGCCCUGCCACUCCACUCCGUACUACAGCCACCUUCACUGUCCAAUCAUCUUGCGCUUCCUGGAAUGUCCCCCUGAUCUCAGAGGAGAUCCGGGUUACGUAGACGAAGCGUCCUCGUUCUACGCAGAUCCGCUCGGCUGGCUCGGGACGUCGUACCCCAACAGAUCGACGCUUCCUUCGCACGUGGUCUUGUUCCAUCCGCUCGAGAAGGAAAUCUCUGCUUUUCUGGACGGAAACGGAUUCGUGAAGAAAGCUGAAAUAUUCCACACACAUUUUCCUGAAGGACGUUUAGGGAAAAAGAUUUAUAUUUACGAGCAGUGACUCGACACGUCGAUCCUUUUAUUUGUGAAGUAAAAGAACUGGAGUUGAAAACGUGUGAUGUUUCUAAUUAAAGACCUGUUUUGUAAAACA